AUGUCUGAAAAUAGUAAUGACUGUAAUACUGAUAACAAUGACGAAAAUAUUCGUCAUAGUUUAGAACUUAAUUACGGCCUGGCAAUUAAAUUUCCUAAAGUAAUUAAUGGUAAAAUUAAUACAAAAAAUUUCUUGGCUGCAUCUCAAGCCAUCAUCAAAAUUCUGGACAAAUUUGGUAAAGUUUUUGCUCCGAUAAAGUACGAUAUGCAAAUAAAUAUUGAGAAAAUAAUUAUCAAGUAUUUAGCAAAUAAGCAAGAGUACUUUACACUACAGGAUUUAUUAUUAUCGGAGCAAGCAUCGGGUAAAAAUACAAUUGUUAUUGACGCUCUCGUUUGGUUGACUAGAGGACUGAGAAUGAUUCAGCUGUUUAUUGAUAAAAUAGUAAAAAAUUCAAAAGCAGUACCAGCAAAAACAGGCAACGAGGCUGAGGAUCUUGUAGCUAGUGUUAAAGAUUCUUACAAGGAAUCUUUGGAACCUUAUCACGGCUGGAUGGCCCAGCAGUUGUUCGGAGUAUUUACCAAUUGCUCAUCUAAUCAUCUAAUUAUUUUUCCCAUGACUAAAUCAUACAAAAUUAUAGUUACUGACGAGGAUGACACCGACGAAGAGCCAACUGAUGCUGUCUCUCGCAAACAAUUUGCCCAAUCAGGAAGCAAUCACCUUGAAAGCUCUGGAAAAUUUGAGCAAAGGGUUGAAAGAAAAUUUGGUUACACUGAGAUCUUUCUUAAAUGAAAAUCAUUUAGUUGAGUUGCCAGUUAAUUAAAUUUAUUAACACGUCCACAAAGCUGUGCCAUGUAAAAUCUCUUCAAGUGAUGUGCGGCUAUAUUAUUAAGCGCAAUAGUACCGAUAAAUUGCCAAGAUACCCGAGGUAUAAUUUAAG